UGCAGUUCGGCAAAAACUUACGUUUUAUCAAAACAAUACUUACAAGUAAAUUUGAAUGAUUCUAAUCAGUUUGAAUUAUUAUUAAUUAAUGUCUAUCACACAGGUAAAAUCACGUUAAUACCACGGUAACUUCCAAUCUAGUACGUUUAUCGGACUACUUCGUGUCCUUUAACGGCACAUAUAGCUGCCCAGUAAAAUUGACGGGUACGUUCCCGGAAGUUGUGAGGAGUCCUGGGAGACUGCGAGGAAAAUGAAGAAAACUCCAAAGGGGAACAUUUUUAAAUUUUGAUUUAAACAUGUUCCCACGCGACUUUGCCUGGGGAGCUGCAACUGCUGCGUAUCAAAUCGAAGGAGGCUGGCAAGCAGACGGGAAAGCAGCAAGUAUCUGGGACACCUUCAGUCAUGAUAAAGGCAGAGUGUUUCAAGAUCACAAUGGUGAUGUGGCCUGUAAUAGCUACAUGCUACGGGAGCAGGACCUUGAGUGUAUUCAGCAACUUGGGUUGACACACUAUCGACUUUCUUUCUCCUGGGCUCGUCUCCUGCCUCAUGGGACCACACAACAUGUCAAUCAUAAAGGUGUUGAAUACUACAACAACGUCAUUGAUGAGUUGCUUGCCAACAACGUCUCACCUAUGGUCACACUCUACCACUUUGACCUCCCUCAAGCUCUCCAGGACCAAGGUGGUUGGAAGUGUGCAGGUAUAGCACCCAUCUUUGACAACUAUGCCAAAUUUUGUUUCCAAACAUUUGGAGACAGAGUUAAACUGUGGCUCACUGUCAAUGAGCCUAGUGUUUGUGCCAAACUGGGCUAUGAAAGUGGCAAACAUGCACCAGGUUUAGAAGAACCGGGGACUGCAGCCUACCUUGUGGGCCACAACAUGCUGCGUGCCCAUGCCAUGGCCUGGCAUAGCUACAACACCCUCUUCAGGUCAGAGCAGAAAGGUAAAGUGUCUCUGGCUAUUAACAGUGACUGGCUGGAGCCAGUAGACCCACACUGUGAGGAUGAUGUUGCUGCUACAGAGCGUGACCUUGCAUUUACCCUUGGAUGGUUUGCCUGGCCCAUGUUUGUGUCUGGAGAUUAUCCAGAAAUAAUGAGAUCUGCCAUUGAUUCACAAAGUGAGAAGAUGGGCUACGUUGGCAGCCCAAGGCUGCCCACAUUCUCGAAGGAUGAACCUGGCAUUUUGGGCUCAGCUGAUUUCUUUGCAGUGAACUACUACACGUCACGCAAAGUCAAAGCAGGAGGAGGUGCUGGACAGAUGUCCAUGAAGAGUGACUGUGAUGUGGAAGAAAUAAUCGAUCCUUCUUGGCUCAUCUCUGGAGUAUCUUGGCAAGCUGUAGUGCCUGGUGGUUUAAGAAAACUUCUGAAGUACAUUAAGGACACAUUCAACAGCCCAGCAAUCUAUAUCACAGAGAACGGCUUCUCUCAAAUGGGGCCGCUGCAGAUGGAGGAUGUCCAGCGUUGUGUGUUUUACAAGGACACCAUCUUGGAGGUGGCAAAGGCCAUCCAAGAAGAUGAGGUGGAUGUCCGUGGAUAUUUUGCCUGGUCACUUUUGGACAACUUCGAAUGGGCAGAGGGCUACAGUGUUCGUUUCGGACUGUUCCAUGUGGACUUUUGUGACCCUGAGCUGAGACGUACAAUAUACAAGUCUGGACAGGAAUAUGCAGAGAUCAUCAAGAAACACAGAGGAGCACUUGACAAAAAGUGACUGAAGGAAAUACAAACAUGUUUAUGUUUACAGAUUAGUAAAAAAAAAAAAAGAAGUUCCUGGACACAGGGGUCUCAUAACCAUGGAUGA